CGACCCGUUGCCCCAGCAGCACCAGUUGAGGAAGCUCAAGUACGAAGCUCUGCUCUUGAUGAUGGAAGCUACUCUUUCUCCUAUGAGACUCAGAGUAGCUCACGACAUGAAAGUGCAGAUGCUCUCAACAACGUCAGGGGAAGGUAUUCCUUUAUUGCUGAUGAUAAUGUAAAUAGGGAAAUUCAGUAUGUUGCUGGAGCUGACACCGGUUACAUUGCUGAAGGAGACUCUCUUCCUCAAGGACCACCUGUUCCAGGUGCAGAGACUGGAAUUCCAACUGGACGCAUUCUUCCUGUUCUUUCUGAAGAAGAAGCCAAUGCUCUAGCAGGAGUCUCACCUCUGCUGAAGUCUGGAGAGGGGAGCGACAUUGCAGAUACUCAAGCAGAUGCUUCUUACAAGUUUGCCUUUGAUUCUGAUAGUUAUUCACGGACUGAGGAAGCUGAUGCUGAUGGCAACAUUGUCGGAAGCUAUAGAUAUGUGGAUGAAGAUGGAAAAGAGCAUACUGUUAACUUUGUAGCAGGAAGAAAAACUGGAUUUUUGCCCGAAGGAGUCUUUGAACCGAAAGCAAUUGCAGGAGACACAGCACCUGCAGCAGAUGCUUCACCUGUGCAUUCGUCACCUUUGAGACCAAGUGGUGUUACAGUUGUUCAAGCUGCCAGUCCUGUAGUUAUAACGAAGGCUGCAGGAUCAGCAACAUCUGCGAGUCACACAUCGCAGGUCGUAGGCGACGUUCUCCUUCACCAGUAUUCUGCUGUCAAUAGCCCCAAAUAUGGUUAUGUGUUUACAGCUGUUCGUUAAUUGGUUAAUUGAAAAAAAUAUAUAUAUAUCUAUAUAUAUCGGCCAUGUGGGAUAAGGCUUUAUUCUUGCUCAAACUCUGAAAAUUAUUUUUCUUAAAUUUCAUGCUUAAAGCAGAUGCUUUCAUGAAAUUACAUAUCUCAGUUUUAUUUAUUAGAAUUGAGAACUGCCUGUUGCACAAUUCUCUUUAAAGUGGGACUCAUUCUUUCAGAGCGGGUUUAGGUUAUGGUUUGAUUCUCAUGCAUUCACUUUCAUUAUCUUUUGGUAUCGAACAUAGUAGACGACCGGCAAUGUACCCGAAGAGCCUAAUGGAACCUAUGUACAUAUGCAAUCUGUACAUUAGAUUAACCAAGCAAAGAAAAAAAGAAAAAAAAAAGUGUAACUAAUAAAAAAUCCAAAAAUGUUGGCAAAAAAUGGAAUAUCAAUAAAAGUGGCAAGGAAUGCC